AGGCCAGGUUUAUAGCUGCUCACCCCAUCGCAGACACCUACAAUCCAGACGAUGAUAAGAUAUACUUCUUCUUCCGGGAGGUGUCUUGGGAAGGCAACGACAAGAGCAUCGUGUCCCGAGUGGCUCGUGUGUGCAAGAAUGAUGUAGGUGGGCUGAGGAGUCUGACCAAUAAAUGGACCACCUUCCUUAAAACCAGACUGGUGUGCUCCAUCCCCGGUCCAGAUGGAGUGGACACACACUUUAACGAGCUCCAGGAUGUUUUUCUGCUCCCUACCAGAGAUGAUAAAAACCCUAAAGUGUACGCCGUCUUCACCACCUCAAGCUCUGUUUUCCGUGGGUCAGCGGUGUGUGUGUACAGCAUGAUGGACAUACGGGCUGCAUUCAACGGACCGUACGCCCACAAGGAAGGGCCCGACCACCGAUGGGUUGAAUACGAGGGUAGGAUACCGUACCCGCGACCUGGAACAUGUCCCAGUAAGACCUACGACCCCAGGAUCAAGACCACCAAAGACUUCCCAGAUGAGGUGGUCAGCUUCAUUCGAUUCCACCCUCUCAUGUAUCGCUCGGUCCACCCUCUGACCGGACGGCCUGUGUUCACACGGGUCCGAGUGGACUACACCCUGACUCAGAUUGUGGUGGACAGAGUCAUGGCAGAGGAUGGACAAUAUGAGGUCAUGUUCCUGGGAACAGACGCUGGCUCCAUCCUGAAGGUGGUGAGCAUCACGCAAGAGAACUGGUCGACGGAAGAAGUGGUGCUGGAAGAACUUCAAGUCUUCCAGGCUCCCACUCCCAUCCUCAGUAUGGAGAUGUCUUCAAAACAGCAACAGCUCUACGUGGGUUCAAGUGAAGGUCUUGCCCAGGUGUCACUCAGUAGAUGUCACCUGUACGGUCAGGCCUGCGCUGAAUGCUGCCUGGCACGUGAUCCUUACUGCGCCUGGGAUGGAAACACGUGCUCACGAUACAUCCCUGCAUCGAAAAGGCGAGCCAGAAGGCAGGACAUCAAGCACGGAGACCCUGCCAGUCACUGCUGGGACACAGAGGACAGUCUUGUUGGAGGAAAGGAGGAACAAAGAGUCCUGUAUGGGGUACAGAGCAACUCCACCUUCCUAGAGUGCAUCCCCAAAUCUCAACAGGCCCGGAUCCGCUGGUACAAACAGAGACCUGGAUCUGAACGCUUGGAGGAGGUACGGCUGGAUGAUCGUGUGGUGCACACAGCGCGAGGUCUCCUCAUCCGUUCCCUUCACCCCUCUGAUGCCGGCGCGUACGUCUGCAUGGCUCAAGAGCACUCGGACUUCACGCACACCCUCCUCCGCCUCACGCUGCAACUCGUCACGCACGGACAGCUGGACGGCAGGCCCAAGCCCAGCGAGGACCCCGCGGUGGAGCUGCGUCACGGAGCCGAGUCCCGCCAGCGUUACAAAGAUUACCUGAGGGCGAUGAGCGCUCCCGUCGGCACUCUGGAGGAGUACUGCGACUCGCUCUGGCUGGAGAAGAGGCCGUCCAGGGUGCGGGGAAAAGGUUUAGGAGUGGGCAAGUGGAAACACAUUCAGGACAUGAAGAAGAGCAGGAACAGGAGACACCACCGGGAGAGGAAGGAUAACGUGGAAAAGCAAGAAAGGGCGGUGAGGACGGCAGAGGAGUGAAUGAAACAUUUAGGGUUCGCUCUUCAUAACUCACUAAUGAAGCAGUUGUGUUACAUGGCUACGACAUUGCAACGACAAAUCAAUUCAUGAGCUAGAAAAAGCCACAAAGGGCCAAACUAAACUAAAAUAUCACAGCUUCAAAAUAAUAGUAUUGUUUGCGUACUUGAUAAUUGAGUUUAAUG